CUAUUUGCCAAGUGCCAGCGGUAGACAGUGAGAAGACAGACAAGACAGCGAGAGUCAGAAAGCGAUAAUGUCUCGCUCCUUUUUGCUGAUUCCUACGAGGUUCCCGCCAUUGAGUAGUUCCAAGACAGACACAAUCUCAGUAACUUCGCCGGGGUUCUCUUCUUUUUCUUGUUUAAGGAAUGGGAGAAGAUCCAAUUCCAGUGCUCCUUGUAUUUCGAAAAGAAGACGUCUUGGCUGCAAAUGUCAGUUGGCAGAUCUUGCUCCUGUAACCUCUGCUGCCUAUGGUCUCGUUCUUCUUGGCUGUGGCCUCUUUGCCUGUGGUAAAUCAGGAAGCAAGGGGUCACUUUUUGGAGGGUUGACAGGGGCUGCUCUUAUGGGAACGGCUUGCUUGCUUAUGCAAGCUCCGGAGACAAAAGCUAUCGGGGAUUCCCUCGGGUUUGGGUCAGCCUUCCUAUUCUCUUCUGUAUUUGGAAUACGAGUGGCAGCUACCCAAAAAUUGAUUCCUUCUGGUCUUCUGCUAGUUUUAUCUAUUUGUGCAUUGUCUGUGUUCAUCUCCGCCUAUUUACUGCAGGAUAAUCUCUGAUUAUUGACCCUGUUUAGUCAAUCGAUCAUUUUUGUCAUUCUAAUGUACGAGUUAGAGUACCUUCCCUCAACAUAGAAGUGUCUUUAAUUAAAAUUUUGCAUUUUGAGUUGAUAAAGAAUCUGAUCUUAAUCA